AUGGCUACCGAUCUUGACAACACCAGCGAGACUGUGACGUUCAGCACGCCGCUGCCGCGCGCCGUGGACACGCAGAUUCACGUCCGUCUGACGACCCGCGAUAAAUGUCUUAUGCUCUUCGUCACAACGGCUGGCACCGAGGACGGCGAGACCCUGGCCCCAAUGGGCUCAUUUGUCUAUGCUGUGCCGGAUCGCUUCAAACCGAGUGAGCCGCUGUGCACAAACAUCUAUGUCGAGGAGAACUCGCUCGAAUUCGCUGCCCGCCUUGCCCGUCUUGUCGUCAAGCGCACCCAGCAGCCUGUGUACGUGUCGAGCUCGUUGAGUUUGGACCGUAUGGGCCUAGGGGGCACCGUUGAGGAGGUGCUCGAGGCGUUCCAAGCCGUCACUGCAACGCUUUUGCCUCUACUUCCCAAGCCUCUCCAGAAUGGAGUAUAG